AUGAACUCAACAAGCUGUGUCAUAGUGGCCAACUCCGAUGUAUCAGGAGUCGGAAUCCGCAUAUCUAUCUACGCCCUCUGCCUCGGCGGCUCGAUAGUCAGCUAUCUCCUCCGCGUCUUCGCCGCAGGCAAAGACCAAGAAGAAUUCUCGCGUGGUGUCUCCUCCGCUCUGGGAAUGCAAGGCCUGGCAAUCCUCUGCACGGCAAUCUACCAAACCUUCCGGGGAGACCUGUCCCUGUUCCACGCGAUCUGCGUAAUCCAUCUCCUAGCCGUACUAGGCAUGGACCUAAUUAGCAAAGGCCGGUACGCAGGCCUCGGUCCCUGGCGACUCUAUUUCUUCGCUGCGAUCCAAGUACUGGCGCUGGCUGCCUUCCUCGCGUUCAAUGUCUAUGUUUGGAUUACAGCCCCGCACUUUGGCAGCCAGCCGGAAUGUAAUCAGGAUACGGUUUAUGUGAUCUUUGGUAUUAGUAUCAAAGCUACCUCGCCUGUCUUCCGGUACAUCAUCCUCGGAACUUUGGGGGCCAUUGUGGCUAGCUAUGCCAUUGUUUUUACUUGUAUGCUGCCGUGUCUUUGUGGGUUUAUUGCUCAUCGGAGACGGAACCCUGGGAGUGAAAAUCGGCUUGAGGGCCAAACGAAGAGGGGCUUUAAUUGGUUUGUGGAGGUGAAUCGUCCUGAUUAUCGGGUGACUGAUCCCGAUGAGACCCCGGAGAGCUUGCACGGGCAGGCGUUGCUUCGGUUUACGCUUAAUAAAGCGGCUUACUGUGGGUUCUGCAUUUACUUGAUUGUUUCGUUGGAACAGACUAUCCAGCGGAACGAUCUUGAUCCGGAGGAAAAGGGAUGGACUUUCGGUCAGGUUAUUGCUAUCUUCUUAUUGUUGGGUGUUGCCAAUGAGCUGCUCAAUGUGCUAUUGGCCAGUUGGGAUAGGAAGCUACAAAGCGCAAGCGCAAAUUCUCAGCAGCUGGUGCAAUAUGCACCUGGUGCUGGGCAGUCUGUACAUUCCGCCUCGUCGUGA